AUGCACGAAGUGGUGUGCCUAUCCCCUGGACGUGCAAGAUGCGGGGAUAUACAUAAAAAGCCCUAUACUGCCAUCACAGUACAGAUAGAUAGUCUCACGGCCGAACAGUAUGAAGUAGACGACUGGAGUGGCAUCAUAGACCUGAUCGAGGUCAUCCGACUACAGGCCAGCGGACCCACGGAAGCUAGUCGUGCUCUGAGGAAAAAGUUGAAAUAUGGCAAUGUACACAGCCAAUUAAGAGCCUUGACGAUUCUAGACUUCCUUAUACAAAAUGCUGGAGAGAGAUUUCACAGAAGCUUUGCUGAUGAACCGCUUCUCGAACGACUGAGGGUUAUCGCGACCGAUCCCCACACAGAUCCGGCAGUCAAGGACAAGUGCCAGCAGCUAUACGCUCAGUGGGCCGUGUCAUACAAGGGAGUUGCUGGGAUGGAGAGAAUUACCGCGCUUUAUAAACAGCUUCCUAAACGAAAGAAGCCUGCUGGCCGUGAGCACUCGAAGAUUCUCAAAGAACCGGCCGACGGACCGUUGGGUCACUCCGUUUCCAUAGUAGCAGGUGAUGGCCCAUCCAAGCCGUUAAGCUCAACCAUACCCUCACAAUCCUCACACUCAAAACCACCUUUUGAUUCAAAGAAGAAAUCCAAACAGAAACAUGAAAAAAAGGCGGUAACUGCGGAUUAUGUUGGUAAAACCAAACCCAAAGCCUCUGAUGAGGAUGUUGCUCGCAUAAAGCGCACUGUUGCAGAAGUAGGCUUCGCCAUAACCCGUCUAGAAAAUGCCAUGAAGCUUGUCAACCGCGAAAAGAUGCGGGUCAGUGAGGAUAAAGAGGUCAUGUGCCGUGUUGGAGAAUGUAAAGCGCUGCGGGCUGAGCUCUUGAGGUUCAUCCAUAAACUCGACGACGAGAAUUACAUCGGCAUCUUGAUCCACAGCCAUGAAGAGGUGAUCAACGCCCUUCUGGCAUUUGAAGUCAUGGAUAAGAGUGUGGACGAUGAUAGCGAUAGUGAGGAUGAAUCUGAGCUAUCUCACGCGAACACCCAAAACUCGCCUCCUCCCAAGCCACCACGGCCGCAGACGGUGCCUAGUUUACAGGUCGACAAAUACAAGGACCUCGAAAGCGAGAGUGAACAGUCAGAAGACGAUGAUAUUGACAACCCCUUUGGCGACAGGAACGCCAUCAGUACUCCGGCCUUGGAAAAGUCUGGAAUGACGUGCAUCUGUCUCGAGCCUAUCUACUGGCUCAAAUCAUGA